AUGACAAUUGUUAAUGUGACAGUAAAAUGGAAGAGUCAUGUGUACAACGAUCUACAACUCGACACGUCUAAGCCCAUCUUGACAUUCAAGGAGAUUCUCUGGACUCUCACCAACGUUCCUCCAGAAAAACAAAAACUGAUGUAUAAAGGCCUCAUCAAAGAUGAUACAGAUCUAUCCACAUUAAACAUAAAAAAUAAUGACAAAAUUAUGUUAGUAGGUUCAGCGGAGACUUUAGUAGAAGGGCCAUCCCAUGUAGUUUUUGUGGAGGAUCUCUCCAAAGAAGAUAAAGAGAAAAUACACGCAAAAGAAAAUAUCCUUUUUGAAGAUCAAGGAAUUGUGAAUUUAGGAAACACCUGCUACUUCAACGCAGUAUUGCAAUUCUUAACAUCCUUUGACGAUUUAGGAUCUUUCCUUUGCAACAUAAAAAGAAAGGAAAAGUAUUUAUUGAAAUCCACAAACGAUAUUUUAUUCGAUUCAUAUAUUCACUUUUCUCAAACGUUUGGAAAAUCUCCCGAACCAUAUGUCCCUCUAGAAUUGUUGAAAUCCUUUAGGGAUGUGUUUCCAAAAUUUAGAACUGUAAAUUUAAGGACGAAACAAUUUGCACAACAGGACGCAGAAGAAUGCAUGAACGCCAUUCUCACGUCAUUGAAUGAUCAUACCGAGUGUAAAAUUAGUGAUAAGUUAUUUUCGUUUAAGGUGAUCAGUAAAAUUAGAUGCAUAGAGGACGAUGCUACAGGGGGAGAGAAACCAACUAAGGAAAACGCUUCAGGGGAUAACGCACCAAGUGAAAACACACCCAAUACACUCCAAGGUGAAGAAAUAGAAACAACAGAAGAGUUCCACAAUAAACUAAUAUGUUACAUGGGAACACACACAACCCCUGUGAACCACAUGCAUGAAGGAAUACGACUAUCCUUGAUUGAAAAAAUCCAAAAGCAGCGAUCUGAGGAUAGUAAGGAAGAUGCCUUGUUUGAAAAAAAAUCAGAAAUGAACUCCCUCCCUCCAUAUCUAAUUGUUCACUUUUUACGUUUUGAAUCAAAGAAGAUCUCAGAGUCGAAUAAUGCCAUUUCCGUCGUUACUGCCAAGAUAUGCAGAAAGGUCAGUUUCCCAGAAACGUUUGAUAUUUAUGAUUUCUGCACAGAUGAACUAAAGACUCAAUUGAAAGUAGCUAGGAAUAUUGUGAUGAAGAGGAAGGAAGCGGACUUGAACGCCCGCGGGGGUGCCGAAGGUGUCGGAGGAAACACUGCCACAAGUCCGCAGAAAAAGGAGGGCGUGAACGAUAAUAGUGUCAAUGAGAGGGCAAACGACAGCACGAACGGUGUUACGAACGGUGUUACGAACGGUGUUACGAACGGCGCUACGAACGGCGCUACGGACGGCGCUACGGACGGCAUUACAAACGCUGUUACGAAUGCUGUUACAAACGCUGUUACAGACGCCGUGACGAGCGAUGAGCCAACAGCUGCGAACCAUGUGGAUGAUAAGGGUAGCAGACCAACGGGGGAUUUGACGGAAAUCCCCACGGGGGAAUAUGAAUUAAUUUCAAUAAUCACACACAAGGGGAGAAAUGAAGAAAGUGGUCAUUACAUUGCUUGGAAGAAAAUGAGGAGCUCCAUAGGCACAGAUAGCAAUACGUACAAAGAAGAACUAACAGGUAAUAAAAAAAAAGGAAAGGAUUCCUUGUGGUAUAAGAUGGAUGAUGAUAAGGUAAGUACUCAUAAAUUUUCUUCCCUUGAUUUAUGUGGAGGGUGUAGUGAUUUUAACAUAGCUAUAUUGCUUUUGUAUAAACGAAAGACCCUGUUAUGCACACAGGAAGAGUUGAACUCCCAUGGGAACUGA